AUGUUACCUCUUCCCCUUCUCACUUUUGGACUUGACCCUCAGUGCUUCACUUUGUUCUGCGCAUCAAAGCUUCUCCGAGAGAGAGAAGAACACGCUCUUUGGUUACAUACAACUUUCCCUAAACAACACUCAUUUGAUCGUUCACUAUACAUCGACAACGAAUUUGCAGCGCCACUAGUCGAACCUUGCUGUCAGCAGACAGCGGAAGGUUGCGAGUAUGCAGAACCCGAAGGUGUUUCUGUACGCUUGCUUCCUCGUUUUAAUAUCACUGGUGCAUCUCUCCGAUGGACAAGGCGUUACUACCAGUUCUUUGGUUCAUUCACUGAUGCUAAUAUCAAUCUCGUCAACGUCUUUGUGGAUGGGGUUUACUACGGUUACAACUACGACGUGGGUCAAUGUCUGCAAAAUUGUGCCGGUCUGUUCGGGGGCGACGUACCCCUCUCCCCUCUACAAUUUGCUGCCAUAUCUAAUGGAGGUCUUUGCCAGUGUGGUGCUUCGCUAGCACCUCCAUUCGGGACGGAUCAUGUCAGACAGUUCGACAAUGUAGCAGCAACAGGUGCAGGAUCUGCUUGUAAUAUCAACCCGAACGAGUAUUGCGGUGCUCCAGGAUAUACUCUAGUCUACAGUCUGCGGUCAGCGAAUUUGUUUCCAGGAUCUAUCUCGAAUCCUUGGAUCAACCCUGGAAACGGCCAGUGGGGUUAUGCUGGGACUUUUAGUGACCCCGAAGCCAACUCCGUUUUCCAGAUCAGAAGUGAUGAUUCGUCCGAUCCGAUAGUUUUGAGAAAUUUCGUCGACGUCGCUACCUGUCUUGAUUUCUGUAGUUUGAACGGUCGCAAUCUUGCAGACGCGCCCACGGCCGGGACAUCUACGACUUGGCAAUAUGCGGGUCUCAUCAACGGAGGAGGAUGUGUCUGUGGUAAUGGGCUUGAGGUGGGCGCUACCUUGGUGGCAAACAGCCUGGCUUCCAGCCCUUGUAACGAAAAUGCCUUCGAGUUCUGUGGUGGCCCCCAGUACAUGCAGGUGUACUCGAAUAGGGCUUACCCGGCUGCUGCCACUUCGUCCACGAGUGUGCUUGGUACCUCCACUUUACGCAGCACGAUUGCCACAACGACGAGCCUCGUGCCGACCACCACUAGAGCAUCGACGCUACAAUCUACCGGCAUCUCUACGCGGAUUACGACCUCUGCUAGCAGCAGAAUUCUGACGUCUACGACAUCUGCAUAUAUUUUAAUUGCUAAUUUCGCAGUCAACUCUACGCGGAUUACGACCUCUGCUAGCAGCAGAAUUCUAACGUCUACGACACCUGGCAUCUCUACGCGGAUUACGACCUCUGCUAGCAGCAGAAUUCUGACGUCUACGAUACUUGGCAUCUCUACGCCGAUUACGACCUCUGCUAGCAGCAGAAUUCUAACGUCUACGACACUUGGCAUCUCUUCGCCAAUUACAACCUCUGCUAGUAGCAGCAUUCUGACGUCCACGACACCUGCUCUAUCAACAUCAACAACUAUAUCAAUAUGGUCGCCCCCAACUGCCUUCCCCGCGUUCAACCCGGGAAACAAUAUUUACGAAUUAGACGGAACAUACAGUGAUCCGUCCCAGACAUUGGGGUCAGCUAGGAUCGUUUUAGGAGCCAACUUUGAUGUUGAUCAGUGCUUGUAUGAAUGUCUGAAUUAUGCCGAGGCCUCAGAGACAAUCAAUCCAGCUCCUUACGCUCUUUUGAGUGCAACCGGGAUCUGUACAUGUGCCUCUGCAAUUCCAGCUUCAGAUGGAGUAACAGGGAUCAAGCAGUUGGACAACGUUGCAGCAACGAUAUCGGGGCCCUGUUUGAUCAACCCGUACGAAUAUUGUGGAUCCGCCGGAUUCACGCUUGUUUACAGAGUCCGGACAACUUUCUUGACUUCCGGCUCUAUAUCCACUCCCUACAUCGUUCCCGGAAACGGCCAAUGGAGUUACGACGGACUUUACAGUGACCCUUUGAGAAUAAGUCCGUUUGUGACCCGGCAAGAUGGCUUGGCAACAACACUUGUCGUGCGCACGCAAGUGGACAUUGGUAGUUGUUUGGCCAGUUGUGGACUGAAUGGUCAUCUUCUGGGUGAUGUCUAUGGCCAGAGUACCGACUUUCAAUAUGCUGGUAUCACAAGCGGAGGGGCGUGUAUAUGUGGUUCUGGGCUCCAGCCCUCUGCACAAAGGGUAGCUGACAGCCUGGCAACCGUACCCUGUACCGGCAACAGUUAUGAGUUGUGUGGUGGCGUGGCCCAGAUGCAGGUGUAUUCAAACAGGGCUUAUGCGGCGAUAUUGUCGUCGAGGAUAUCAACUAUUCCGGCAUCCUCUUCUAGCGCAUCCGUCACUGCCUCGACAGCCGUCCCGACGCCGUCGAGUUCAUCAAACAUACUACUGCCCAGAGCCAGUACGAUCCUCUCUACGAGUGGUGGCAGCUCCUCUUCUAGUACUUCCACACUAUCUUCGUCAACCUUGCUGCCAGCCACCUCCAGCGCAUCGGCGCUUCAAUCUAGCUCGACCCUACUGGCCCAGAUUUCGAGCACAGGCCUCUCUUCAACAGGAGCUCUUACGAGCUCUAUAUUGUCGUCCUUGAACCCGUCCUCUACCGAAACUCUCACGAGCUCCAUAUUGUCGUCUUUGAGCCCGUCCUCGACAGGAGUCUUUGAGAGCUCUACGUUGUCAUCCUCGACCAUACUAGCCCCUACCUCCAGUUCAUCUUCGAUUCUUUCAGUCCUUGUCAGCUCGAGUCUAGGAUUAAGUUCUCGCGAGCUCUACGUUUUCCUCUUUGAGCCCGUCCUCGACAGAAGCUCUCGCGAGCUCGAUAUUGUCGUCCUUGAGCCCGUCCUCGACACAAGUUCUCGCGAGCUCCAGUUUAUCCUCGACUUUUUCAAUCCUUCAGAAGCUCUUACUAGCUCUAUAUUAUCGUCCUUGGGCCCGUCAUCUUCACCAGAAGUUCUCCCGAGCUCUACAUUAUCGUCAUUGGGCCCGUCAUCUUCAAUAGAGGUUUUCCCGAGCUCCAGUUCAUCUUCGACUCUUUCAGUCCCUGUUAGUUCGAGUCUAGGAUUGUCAUCUUCAGCAGAAGCUCUCACUAGCUUUACAUUGUCGUCCUCGGCUCCAUCGGCCCAGGUCUCGAGCCCGAGUCUCUCUUCCUCGACUACAGACGCUCUCACAAGUUCCAGCAUCUAUCUGUCUACCGUAUCAACCGUAGAAGCUUCCAGCUCUCCCAGGGUAGCCUCAAGUUCGGCCUUGCUGGAGACUUCUUCAGCCCUUGCGAGCAGUUCUGCCGGCCUUCGGUCAUCUACUCCUUCUUUGACUGCUCGAUCGAGCAGCGGCUCUUCGACACCGGAAAUAUCUUCUACGGAAGGGGCCAGCUCAUUCUCCAGUUCAGCAAGCAUCAACAGCCUUAGCACAUCCAUUCUCCCGUCUACUUCAGCAGAGACCUUGCUCUCGUCGAGAACCACAAACUCCCUUGCCUCGACAACGAGUCUCAACGUCCCCAGUGGAUCCUCUGUCUGUAACACGGAAACUCUCUCCAAUAUACCCGGAACCCUCGAUGUCUAUACCAGAUUUUUUGUCGGAUACGCGGCGAGGGAGAGGUUAACCUACCCUGGCUCCGAUGUAAACCCUCCGAUCUCCACCACCUUACCCAACACAGGCAACGAUUGCAACGCCAUCACCGCUUGUGCCGCAUUUAAUUCCUACGUUGGUGGCCACAUCAAUGUAUAUUUCGACAUAGAAGCGAACGUCUUCACUUGUGUUUCUUUCCCAGGCCCCAACUUUGAUCCUUCUACUUUCAUCGACCUAGACUUUCGCGUUGGUGUAUCGUACGGAUUUUCGACUCCCUCCCUGUCGGUCUCGUCACGCUCUUUCAUUGCUACUUCAUCGACAAAUUCAUUCGUAGCCAGUGCGAGCAGUCUGACUAACUCCUUGUCCCUUACAUCGAGUAACUCAGCAACAUCCACAGCACUCCAGAGCACGCAAGGGGGUUCGUCGAGCGCCGUUUCGUCUGAGAGCACUACUACGGCCCAGAUUUCGAGCUCCACGGCCGCAUCCCCUACGGGAGAAAGUAGCAGCCAAUACUUGCCUGAGUCAUCAGCGCAGCUUCUCACGCAGAGUUCGAGUGCUGCAUUCAGCCUCUCUACACCAGAGAGUCUCGGAACCACUCAAGCCUCGUCGUCUCUCUCUCUUUCUUCAUCGGUGGAAAGCACGGCUAUCCAGAGUACUGUCGCAGCAAUUAUCUCAUCGGAGAGUAGCUUUGCAACUAUUCUAUCUUCCCUGGUCUCUGAGUCUGCGUCGCUGGCAAGCUCUCAAGCACUGUCACUGCCUACAAGCGAGAGCUCUACAGGCACUGUCACUUCUGCAGAAAGCUCCGGGUUCAGCACUGAAUCUGCUACGGCUCCUCUGUCCGUCACUUCGGGCAGUCUGGCGUCGCCAAGCAGUCUGAAUGUUGACAGUUCGACCGCUCUUACAUUGGAACCAUCUGUCACAAGUUCGGCUCCUGCCAGUGGUAGCUUGACAGAUGAAACCUCGUCUGCUUUUAGCACCGGUGUUGCGUCCCAGAGUGGUUCUUUUGCGUCUCUAAGUUUUGGGACCGUCUCCCAGCUCACCGGUACUGCCCCUUCGUCGGACAAUGGAGCAACCAUUUCCACCGGUGCUGUUUCACAAUCAACAUCUCUGGUGAUCAGAGAUGCGUCAUCUAUAGCUUCUUCCGUGACAAACCCGUCAAGCGCAAGCACUGAAGGUUUGUCUGUCGAACCUUCUUCACAAGGGAACCUUAUUCCAUCGGCAACCUCGCUCCUGGAAACAACAUCCGUCGCGCCCUUGUCAAGUGUCACACUAGGAGGUGGGCUCUCGACCUCUGAGGAGGCCUCGCCAUCAGUUAACUCUAUUGCAUCGACUGCUCCUGGUCCACAGACUACCGCUGACCAAACCACUGCUGCGGUACCAGCCACCACGCCGUCCAACCUCGCAUCCCCAAGCUCGUCGCCAAACACACUAGCGGCUCAAACUACGCCUCAAGCGGCACCGUCUGGAACCACGCCGUCGGUCCUACCACCAUUGCCUACUCUUGGUUCAAUUGGUCUACCUAGCGUUGGACUACCUAGCGUUGGUCUACCUAGCUUGUCCUGCCCAUACAUCCCGUCAACUUGGUUGGCGAUAAGUCCCUCCGGCGUCUCUGCCAUUGCGCGGACGGUCACGUUCCCAUCCGGCUGUAUCGUACCGCCUCUUCAAUGA